CAAAUUAACUGGAAAAAUAAAAUAAGUGAAGAAUCUAAUUGUAAUAUUUUUUGUUUAGAGAUUUAUUUUCCGAAAUUUCAAAACUUACCUCACUUCUUAUUUUUUUAUGAUGUUUCUCCGACGAGCCACCGCACUUUUAUUGACAAACAACCACACCGUACAACCCCUCCGCCGCCACUUCUCAAACCCCAUUUCACCGGUAAACCAACAAGAUCUCCUCCGAGUCUGCACCAUUCUCUACCAACAGCAAAACUCGCCCGAGUCACGUCUCCACUCAAAACUCACCUCUUCCAACUUCCAACUCACCCACGAAUUCUUCCUCCAAGUCUGCAACAAUUUCCCUUACUCAUGGCGACCCGUUUACCGUUUCUUCCUUUUCACACAACAACAAAAAAACCCAACUUUCACUCACUCCUCUGUUUCCUCCAACAAAAUGCUCGAUGUUGUUUCGAAGUCUCGCAACAUUGAUCUCUUCUGGAACCUUCUUAACGAAGCGGCGAUUCGUCGUUUGGCUAAUGAUAAGACCUUUGUGAUUGCUUUGAAGACUCUUGGUGCUGCUAGAGAGUUGAAAAAGUGUGUGGAGUUUUUCCACUUGAUGAAUUGUAAUGGGUGUGGUUAUAGUGUUGAGAGAUUGAAUAAAGUUGUUGAUGAAAUGUGUAGGGUUAAGCUUGUUGAGGAAGCAAAGUUUGUUGUUUUCAAGAUGAAGGAUUGGAUUAAACCUGAUGGGGUUAGUUAUAAGCAUUUGAUUAGUGGGUUUUGUGAAAAGGGUGAUUUGAUUGAAGCUUCUAAGAUAUGGAAUUUGAUGGUGGAUGAAGGUUUUGUUCCUGAUGUUGACGCGGUUGAGAAAUUUAUGGAGACGUUUUUUAAGGUUAAUCAAUUCGGCGAGGCUUUGAAGCUGUUUGAAACGAUGAGGUUGAAGAGAAUGGAUGAACUUGGUGUUUCGACUUAUAGGCUUGUGAUUAAGUGGUUGUGUAAAAAAGGGAUGAUGAAUCGUGCUCAUGAAGUGUUUGAUGAAAUGUGCGAGAGAGGUAUUCUGGUUGAUAGUUUGACGUUGGGAUAUGUUGUUUAUGGGCUUCUAGCAAAACAUAGAGUUAGAGAGGCUUAUCAAGUUGUGGAGAAGAUUGAUGUUGUGGAUAUAAGUGUUUAUCAUGGAUUGAUAAAAGGGCUUUUGAAGUUGAGAAGAGCAAGUGAAGCGACUCAAGUGUUUAGGGAGAUGGUAAAGAGAGGUUGCGAACCGAAUAUGCAUACUUAUAUAAUGUUGUUGCAGGGUCAUUUGGGGAGGAGAGGGAGGAAAGGGAGUGAUCCUCUUGUGAAUUUUGAUACUAUUUUUGUUGGUGGUUUGGUGAAAGUUGGACAUUCGAAGGAAGCUAUGAAGUAUGUGGAGAGGGUGAUGGAUAGAGGGAUGGAGGUGCCGAGGUUUGAUUAUAACAAGUUUUUGCAUUACUUUUCAAAUGAGGAAGGUGCGGUAAUGUUUGAGGAUGUAGCGAAAAAGUUGAAGGAAGUAGGGUUAGUUGAUUUGGCAGACAUAUUGGAGAGAUAUGGACAGAAGAUGGCAACUAGAGAUAGGAGGAGGAAUAGAUUUCCAAUAAUCGAAGAUACUAAUGUAUGAUAAACAAGCCAUGUAAGUAUUAUGCAGAUUGUUGUAAAAAAAACUAAAAGUUGGUUAGAAAUGAAGCAUUUGAUUUAUGAAAUGUCAGAUUUUUUUCUAAGCUUAGUGGUAGUGGAGAAAUCUGACUUGCAAGUGGUAUAUGAUCUCAAGGACUUGUUGUUAAAUUUUAAGAGGCUUUGAAUUGACAAGGGGUCUGUGUGUCGAUCUUAGUAAAAGUAAGAUCUUUGGUAUUCAUGCUAAGCAUGAUUUCUUACAAGCUGCGUCCACGUUCUUAGCUUGUAAGAUUGGAUCCACACUUUUUUUGUUUCUUGGGAUUCCGGUGGGAGCCAAUCUAAGGCGAAGGGAGACGUGGAAACCCAUUUUAAACAAGAUGAGGCAGAGAUUAUCAUCUUGGAAGGCGACGCAAUUAUCCCUAGGAGAUAGAGUCGCGUUGUUGAAUGUGGUUCUUACUAAUGUCCAUAUUUGUUUCUUUUCUUUUUUCAAAGCUCCAAAGACAAUUAUUCAUGAAAUUUUAAAGUUACAGAGAUCAUUUCUAUUUGGAGGGGGUGACCAAAAAAGGAAGGUUAAUUGGUUACGUUGGGAGGACAUUUGCAAGUCUAAAAAGGAAGGAGGGCUUGGGAUUAAGAAUUGUGAAAGAUUCAAUAUCUCUCUCCUUAGCAAGUGGCUAUGGAGCGUUUUGAAUGACAAGGAAUCCUUAUGGGCUGAUUUGUUUGAGUUCCGAUACGGUAAUAUUAAAGACAGAAUUCUGAAUGCAACAAUUCCUUCUAAAGGACAUCGUGAAUCUCUCUGGUGGAGAGACUUACAGUCUGUUACCUUUCAUCAUGUGGAUAGCAGAAAUUGGUUCUCCAAGUCAAUAUCUUGCAAGCUCGGCAAUGGAAAGGUUAUUGGAUUUUGGAAUUCCCUUUGGCUAGGGUCAACUCCUUUCAGUGUUCUAUUCCCGGAUAUUUUUGCAAUCUCAGCACUGUCUAAUGGCAGAAUUUCUGAUUUUCAUUAUUGGAAUGAGGACACUUGGAUUUGGCAUAUUGGUUUGGUGAAGGAUGACUCUUCUGCAGAAGAACAUGCACAGCUUUUAGAUUUGCUGGAAACUCUGAAGGCAGUGCAACCGAAUUGUGAUUUGGACAACGCUUUCGUAUGGUGGAUUUUCAAUCACGGUUUUUCUGUCAAAUCUUGCGAUUCCUGUGUAAUUUGGGUACCACUGUGGAUGUUUGCAGGCUGACUGUUUUGGACAGGUUAUAGAAAUCCAAAGCUCCCACCAAAGUUCUGAUUUUUGGUCUUAUUCUGGACAGACUCCCUACUCGGAGUGCAUUGGCAAGGCGGGAGAUGAUCCGUGGCAACCUUAAUCUGGUGUGCCCCUCUGUUUUGCAGCUGUAGAAGGGUGGUUCAUCUGUUCUUUGAUUGUGCCGUCAGCAGGCAGGUUUGGAAGCUAGUUUUCCACAUGGCUAGGCAUUGACGAGGUAGUCAUCUUUCUUCUUUUUGCAGCUUGGUUAACAAGAUCUUUAAGGCCAAUUUUUUCUGCUUCUUUUGGCUCGCUGUGUGCUGGAUUUUAUGGCUUACUAGAAAUGAUAUAUUAUUUUAAGGAGGGUGGUGGUUAGUUAAAGUCAAGGGUCAUUUCAAAUCCCAUUGGGUGGAUUGGGAAGCCAAUCUGAGUCUUUAUGUUCAAAGGAAGUCAGGAUAUUUUCUGGGUUGAUUGGUGUAACAAUCAGGCUCGGUGUUUUUCUUGCUCGGUUUAAGCAUAUUGUUUGUUUGGUUUGUGCGGUUGGCUCUAGUGUUGCAGGUGUGUUCGGGAGGGCAGCAGUGCAGUCGUGGGUUUGGUUUUUUUUUUGGUGCGAUUUGGUGGUGUCUGUUUUGUUUGGUUUUGGAUUUCGGAUUCUGCAUUCUGUUACAGUUCUUAAUUAUUUGGAGGUUGGUUUUCAUGGAGUGUUUUGUGGCUAGUUGUUUGUGGUUUUCUCUUUUGCAGUCUGUUUUGUUUCUGUUCCUUUUUCUUGUCUUGUAAGGCUUGUGUUUUGCUCUUGGUGUAAUGGGAUAUGGACCCCUUGUGCUUUUUUCAAUAUAAGAAAGUCUUGAUGAUAUGUUUUUUUUUCAAUGAAUGAAUGAAAUGUUAGAAACAUAUUGAAUCAA